AUGUCGACUCUGCCCGCACCUCAUCUUAGCCUGCCAGCGAAACCCACCUUCGCGGCCGCAGUGCUGCCUUCUAGGCCCGACAAUGCGCCUGCAGCGACGGGUGCAACUCUAGGAUCAAGAUCAGGGGCGAAGAGAGACACUCGCGAGGAGUUGCUCACGCCAUGGCUGGAGCGCUUGCCUGUGACACAAUACAACUCUACAGAGCAGCGGCUGCACGAUGAAAUUGUGGCGUUUAUGAACUAUGCGACGCCAAAUGCCACAGAGCGCACUGUGCGCGAGAGACUCAUUGCACGGCUGACUGAGAUUAUCCAGAGACGUUACUGGUGUUCAGACGUCAAAGUGUUCGGUAGUAUGGCACAAGACCUAUCUCUUCUCAGUGGGGUUCAGGAGUACCUCGACACCAUGCCUGCGCUGCGUCCACUGAUCAUGGUCAUCAAGAUGUUCCUCGCUGCCAAGGGUCUUCAUUCCGCAGGGACAGGUGGACUCGGAAGCUACGCGCUCACUCUGAUGGUCAUCAGCUUCCUCCAGCUCAAUCCCGGAAACCGACCCAUUGAGGACCAUGCGAAUCCUAUGGCGGCCGAAUCUCUGGGAUGCUUGCUCAUGGACUUCUUCGACUACUACCACGACAGAUUUCCGUAUGAGACUUCGUACAUCUCUGUUCUUGACCAGAAACUCGGCAGCAAAGAGUCAAAAUGUUGGGUACGAGAGAAAUACCCCGAGGCUCUCGCCGUCGAAUCCAUUAUUAGCCCCGAUCUUGACGUCGGCAGAGCCUGCCAAAAGAUCGCGCGCAUACGCACAGCAUUCGGUGAGGCCUACGAGACGCUAAAAGCGUACAGGGUGAACGGAGUGGUCACGGACCCCAGCGGCCGCGAGAGGGUCGUAUGGCAUGGUAAUGUGCUCGGUAGCAUUCUUGGCGUCACGAACAGCGCUAUGCAACACCGCAGAGAUCUCGAGGACCUCCUCACCAGCGGAGCACUUGACGUCCAGCUAGCCAGGGUCAUGCUCCCCGAGUCGUGGAGUCGCGAGCCACAGUGGUCGCCGGACAGGCCCGGGAACGGGAGCGAUAUCGUGGAGACCGUAGGGAAGGCGGCCGUUACUCCCCUGGUUCACACCGUGACUCUGCGCCUGCAUAUCAACGAGCUCGUUUACAUCCUGAGAGUCGUGACCCUCACUAUUAUCCAUACUACCCUCGUGACUCUCGCUGCCCUCGGCAUCAAGUUCCACCGCAAGCAGCUCAUGAAAAUCGUCGCUAUAUGCUAUACGCUCGACUACCUCACGACGCCGGGCCCUCACUUCGGUGCUUGA